UUAGUGACGCUUGGUACGCUGUGUGAAGUCCUCGUGUGUCGGUGUGUGUCUCCGCGUUCGCGACCGAAAUUCAUGCCAUAGUUUCGUUUUCCCAUUCUAUGCUCGCGGAAUCCUCGGGGGAUUGUGUUUCCUCCCGUCCAGACGGUUGUUCCGACGGAGAUUCGCGUGUGAUUCGGUGACGCGAUAUGAUGGUGCCAAAGUGCAUAGGAAUAUAAUAACGAAUCACAACAGAGAGCAUCGAACAACGAACAAAAAAGUAGAUAAACUUGUGGCUUGUGACGAAGUUGUUUCGGUGACCAGUGCUCCCAGCUGGAAGACUCCCGUCAAGCGCGAGGAAAAAUGGGCCAGUGAAUGGGCGAAUUCAGCGAAGGAGUAGAACACUAAGAGCGCAAGCGAAAAAGCUCAUUAUGAAAUUAGUUUGCAAUAACACACGGAGCCAAGAAGUGUGUUCGGUAACGACAGCAGUGGAGCCAAGAAUCAGCGCGGCGAUAUAGUGUGUGAGAAAGAGAAAGACAAAGAGACAAGCGCUCGCACCACACGGGAGAUUGGACUCUCGCCGUCCAGAAAGGUACACGAACAAGUGAGAUAGACAAAGUGUGCUGUCUGCUAGCGGGAAGCGGGAAGAAGAGCUCCCACUCAGGAUUGAUUAAGGAUUAAAACAGUGCACUCCAGAUUACCCAACGCGAUUUGCACGAGCUAAUCUCCAGGAAGCUCCUGUCAAAAGUGACCGAUUUCUUCUAGAAAGCGCUUCUGUGCCUGCUGCAUCUGUGUCUGUUUACAGUCCAUUAGAGCAGCAGAUCGUGUGACAGUGUGUCCCUCUCGCGACACUCGCGUCGUCAUGUUUGUGUUUAUGACACCUGUGUGAGUCAGAGUAGGCCGCCUUUCGCAGCGCGAAGUUGAUUUGAAACUUUUAUAACGCAAACACCAAUACCAAUACCAGCAGAGCGCGGCAGCGAGCCAACAAGCGAAAUCGUGUUGCGACAGUCACUGUCGCUCGAGACGAAGAAUCAGUGCGGCGGACAGCGAAGAACACCACAGCAGGGAGAGAAAGAGGAAGAAGAGGAAAAGUGAUUCUACAAGUUUUUAUAUGCCUCCACACGCUUCGUAUUCUUAUUCGCGCUACGCUCUUACCGUUUGUUCGACUCGUUUAGUAGUCAGCAAAGUGAAGGUGACGUGAUUUUAUAACUCGCCGUGUGCGUCUCUCGCGCGCGCUCUGUCGCCACCGCCGUUGUCGUCGUCGUCGUCGUCGCAGUCGUCUCGGGUUCGAAUCGCGAGAAAUUCGACAAAAAGUAACGAAGCUGGGCUGGGCGUGUUUGAGAAGAAGGGUUACGGGUUGCGCCGAGUGUCGAGAAGGGAAAGAACCACAACAACUCACACUCCGCUACAGAAAACCCCGUUGUGUGCCUGGGGGGAAAAGAAGUGAUCGUAGAUGCAUGGCUAAAAAGAAGAAGGAUCAACGUAAAGAGAAACCAGAGGAAGGCAACAACAGCAGCAACAAUAACAACAUCAACACAAAAGCGCUUUUAUUUCAGUCAAACAAGUUUUCUACUCGCGCUGAAAACAAGAAGGGGAAUACGUAAACUAACCGAAAUAUUCCAGCUCGAUUUGAAGCCACAAGAGAGUUUUGAAACAAAAAGAAUUUAUAUCAAAAAAGCCCGAGAGCAUCGGGAAAAGCUACAGAUCAAACCAAAAACAAAUAUCAGAAAAUUGAAGAUUCGUGAAGAUCAUGAAGAUCGAAUAGUGCAGAGUGUGUCUGUGGGUGUGCGUGUGUGUGUGCUAGUAUUAGUUGGUAUCAGAAAAGUGCCCAAGCUGUGCGCGAGAAGCGAAAAUAACGAAAAUCAAAGCGAAAAAAAGAAGGUGAAAGAUCUUGAAUCCGCGCGCGCGUUUUAUAUUUAUAUAUACACAUCUGUGGGGGAGACCUACAACAAGACGAACCCAGCGAACCCAAGGCAGCAGAAGCAGUCGUCGUGGAGUAUCACUGGGAGUAGCAAGAGUCGUAUAAAUAAAGACGGACACUCUCUUUCUCUGGGAUCUGCCAGCUCCUGUCGGAGGUAGCCCCAGGGAAAGCAAAAAAAACAUACGAGCAGCGAGCUCAGGCGAAUAAAUGUUAAUUUUUGGAGAUAGUGGACUUGGAGCCGGCACCAUUACGACAAGGUGGACACCGAUGGGUCCAGGACCAACGGCUGGUUCGUUGGUCCCGGACGACACCAAUGGCUCCGGCGUGGACAGCAAACACCUGGACGUUGGCGAUAUGAGCGAUGACCUCUCGUCCGCCGACGCAGAGGGAGUUUGGAGUCCGGACAUCGAACAGAGCUUCCAGGAGGCACUGGCCAUCUACCCACCCUGCGGCCGGCGGAAAAUAAUCCUCUCCGAGGAGGGGAAAAUGUAUGGACGCAAUGAACUGAUAGCCCGCUACAUCAAACUGCGAACCGGCAAGACGCGGACGCGGAAACAGGUCAGCUCUCACAUACAGGUCCUAGCGAGACGAAAACUGCGCGAAUUCCAGGCCAAGAUGAAAGUGGACCACGCAGUGAUGGGUGCCAAGGAGAAGAUGUUCCCGACGCCCAUGAUCGGCAUGACUAGCGCACAGAUCGUCACGGUAGCAGCAGCGAAAGGGUUAAGCCUAGCGAAUUCCUCCUGUCUUCCGUACCACCACCACCAUCACCACCAUCACAAUCCACACCACCCAUCUCUCCAUAAUCCACCACCUCCGCCAACACAACCGACACAUCCCAGCCAAUUCUGGCAACCAGGUUUGCAGCCCAGCACAUCCCAGGACGUGAAACCUUUCGCGCAGGCAGCGUACGGUCCGAUGGGCAAGACGGCCACAGCCGUGUCCGACAGUGGCCUCCAGGCGGCACACCCCUGGGAGGGCCGAGCGAUAGCAACGCACAAAUUCCGCCUCGUAGAGUACAGCGCCUAUCUGGAGCUACGUGUUGAAGAUACUUACCACAAGCACUUAUUUGUACAUAUAGGCGAUCAGCCUGCCCAUCCCCUGCUCGAAUCGGUGGAGGUGAAAGAGAUUUACGACAAAUUCCCGCAGAAGGCCGGCGGCCUCAAGGAGCUGUACGAGAAGGGUCCCAGCAAUGCGUUCUUCCUCGUCAAAUUCUGGGCCGACCUCAACACGAACAUCGCGAAUGACGCAGGGGCCUUCUACGGUGUCAGUAGUCACUACGAAAGCAAUGACAACAUGGUGAUCACCUGCUCAACCAAGGUAUGUUCCUUCGGCAAGCAGGUGGUGGAGAAGGUGGAAACAGAGUACUCCCGCUUCGAGAACGGUCGAUACGUGUACCGGAUCAGUCGGUCACCGAUGUGCGACUAUAUGAUCAACUUCAUAAACAAGCUGAAGCACCUGCCCGAGAAGUACAUGAUGAACAGCGUGCUGGAAAACUUUACAAUCCUGCAGGUCAUCUCCAACAAGGAAACGGACGAAACCCUGCUCUGCGUGGCAUUUGUGUUCGAGGUGUCGACGUCGGAACACGGCGCCCAGCACCACAUCUACCGCCUGGUGAAAGAAUAGCAUGAAAGCAACGUUCAACUCCACACCGCCCACCACCACCACCAACAGCAGCAGCAGCAGCAGGAUCAAAAACAGCAGCAUAACGUUGACAGCAGCGGUAGUAGUCUAAUGUUAAGUAAUCAUAGUAGCUACAAUAACGGUAACGAUAGUAACAAUAACAAUAACGCUAGCAGUAAUCGUAACGAUAAUAGAGAAGGAGUAACCGGAGGAACUGCCGGUAACGCCGUUGUUGACGAUGUGUCACUCGACGACGCGACACUUGUGUUGCGGGUCGAUGCCUUGCAACAGCAGCAGCACAUGUCACAGCUGGUGGUGGGAGAUCCCACGAGCACUACAUCCGAGCAGAGCGCGGACGUGUUGCCAGUUCCCCACGAGCAGCAUAACUACAACAGUUUGAUGGCCGCAGCGGCCGCUGCUGCUGCUGUUGCCGCACGCAAGUCGGUAAAGCAGGAGCUCCUUGGUGGCGGCAAUGAUUUCGGCGCUGCGGCCCAAUCACAGCAUGCGACCGGAGCGACAUCUUCUGUCGCCAUGGGUGGCGAGUGAGCGAAGCUCACUCGGAACGAGUCCCCCCUCCAUCCCUUCCCAGCUCUACUAUGCUAUACAAUUUCUUGUAGUGUUUUAACCAUUUUGCUUUUCGUUUCACUUCGAGGUUAUACUUUUGUUUUUGUAAGCUUAAGUUUAGAUAAAAAAAAAAGUGAAAACAAAAACAAAAAUCGUGAAACUAAACUUUAAGGAGAUGAAAAACAGUGCCUAUAUUACGAAGAAAAAAAAAUUAGAAAAACAAAAGUGAAAACAAGAAAAGUAAACAAAAACUUACGCCUCGAAGAUAAAGGAGGAAAAGGAAAUCCAAGUAGAGACGACAAAAAAAAACGAAACGGAAAUCGAAACUGCAAAAUUUAUGCCAUUUUCACCACGGUUGCUACGUUUUUUUCGAGACAUUUUUUUUCGAUUUCGGUUUGCUAUCUAGCCACCUGUUUCUGUUGGUUAAGUAUUAGAGAGGUCCCCGGAAAUGGAAACAAUAGAAAUCGACAUCAUACGUACACACGAACACAUCUGUAUUCACACAAACAGCAAUGAUCUCAGCCAUGAACAGAAUGUUUGACCCUAAGCUGGUGAGAAGAAUCGCGGAACAAGAGCGGCAAAUUGUAAAUAGCUAUAAUAUACGCUGAGUGUUUGAGUUUUACGCGCUUCCUCACAAUCAUAAAUGAUCGGCAUGCAGACUUGGACGCGUUUGGAUCGGGUUUCUGUAACCAUGGUGCAGUUUAGGUGGCCGUACACUGUUUGCCCGGAGGUCAAAUAUUUGAUAUUUUUUGACAGAUAAGGUUUGAUUUGAUAUUUGUACAAACACUAUUUUGUUUGCCACUCUUCAAUUUUCAACAGUAGUAAACAAUAUCAAACACCGAACAUGGAAAAUAUCAACUGAAAUAUUCAAGGAAACCUAACCAUGUACCGACAGGUUCGAAGAACAGACUGAAAAAAUAUUUUAGGCAUCCAAUAUUUGCUUGUCGUGUUUUGUGUAGAAUAUAUUUGAUCAGUACACGUUGACCAAAUUUUAUCUGUCAAAAAGAGUCAAAUAUUUGGCUUCGGUCAAACAGUGUAUGAGCACCCUUUGGGAUGAUGAACACGGAAGAGUGUCAAACGUGGAUUGUAUCCUGCCUAUUACGUGGUUAAUUUGACUGUUAAUCCACCUAGUGAUCCCCGAUAAUUGUUCGAUUAAUCGAUUAAUCGAAUAUUUCCUACAGAAAUCGAUUAUUAAUCGAACGAAUACUGCGCAACCAAGAAUCGAAGCGAACGAAUAAUUUACGUCGAUUAAUCGAUCCAAACCCAGAGAAAAAAAACGUACGGCCGCUGCAGUUUGAUCCUGAAAAUCAAUCAUUGACGCUCCCUUAAACUUUUAAACGAAGCUCAAUGCCGUCAACGCGAAUUGAACUUCAUUUACGAGUUUGGGGGAGCGUGAUGGAUAAUAAUUGAUUUUCAGGAGGAGUGAACACUUUUUUUAUUCCAGAUGGCUUUCUAGCAAAUAAAAAAUAUUAGUCUAACUAAUUAUUUCAUUCAGUGUGACGAAUAAUCGAUUGGGGCGAGUAAUCGUAUCGAAUAACAAACUGCUGAAAAGUAUUCGAUUAGUUGAUGAACGAUUAAUUAAAAAAAUCGGGGAUCACUAAAUCCACCCAUCAAUAUCUUGACAAACAACUGUGCAAACAACAAUUUCAGCUUAUUCGUUUCAAAAGGGAACAUACAGUACUGGACAAAAUAAAGUACACAAGUGUGAUAUUUUCAAAACGUUUUUGAUUUUGGUAGAAUCUAAUGCAGAUGGAUAUUCAAAGUGUUCUAACCAAAGACAGUACUGAAGAUGUCCUUUCGGAAUAUGCUGGAUACAGCGACAUGAGACCGAUACAUGAACUUAAAAAUUAUUAUUUUUCAGGUGGACAAAAUAAAGUACGCAUUACAGUAAUUUAACAUUCAAACUGAUUCGUCUCGGCGUUAGUAUUUAGUUUGGCCGCCUUUUGCUUUAAUCACGAAUUGCAGGCAUCGAGGCAUAGGUGUGGACGGAGUAAGACGGUCACCCGGUGUAUGAUGGCUACUCUCUAGAUUAUUGAGACAAUCAACUAUUGGACGAUCAUAAUACAUUAGUUUGGUGUAUUGCAUUACACUCAAUCAUGUAUACCCAAUUUUUCGUGUGUGUAUAUGUGAAACGUCAUGAUAAAUAAAAAUAAAUUUUUCAGAUGACGACGGGCAACGAUUUGUUAUUCUGCUCGCAAGAAAUUAAGUGCUUUAGUGGUGAAUAUGGACAUGUCUUAUGAAACCAAUGUUAUAAUAGUAAACACACAGAUCUGUUAAGUGUGUUUGUAUAGAAAACGGUAUGUCCAAACAUUUCAUAGAAUUAUUGAGAUACUUUUGCUUGACUCAUAGCGGGGGCAAGAUGGCCACUAUUGUAAGAGGUGUGAUUUACCAUAAACUCAUCUUUGAACGCGCCUAAUUGACGAAUUGAAUGAGAACAGCACACUACUUGAAUUGUUGGUUGAAUAACUUAAGGCGCAUUCAUGAUAAAUUUGAUGUUUUUUUCAGAUACCAAAUAUAAUAAUUUUCAAUUAUGAUAAUUUCGCAAGGUUUGUACAUUAAGCACGUUAUAGGUAAUUCAGGGAAAAUAACACCUCCCACUCCUAUCACGCUUGAUCUAAAAUACAACGACCUUGAUAUGUAGCACAAUUUUGCCGAAUACAAUCAUUUUCUAUACACCUAAAUUCACAAGUCAUUUCAUGUGGUCAUCUCACCCUUAGUGGUGGCCAACUUGACCCGUCAUGAUUUUAGUAGCACCUUUUUCAUACCUUUUUUAAUUUAUCAUAUAACAUUAUGAAAUAAAAAGAGAAACUGUUGGAAGUCAACGUGAUUGCGGCAAACAUCCUAAAGAUCGAUGUUGACAUAAUGAAAUGUCUCAAUUUUGUAUACAUUGUGUUAAAUUGUACUCAUUGCUUAGGGUGGCCGUCUUACCCCGUUUUCCCCUACUUUCAACGAGGUUUCUCGUAUGUUAGGAUUUAAUAUUUGUCCAGACUUUUUCCAAAGCUUCAAACAGUUUGUCGCGGUUGGUGACAUCUCCCUUGUCGACAGUUUGAUCCAAAGUGGACCAUAAAUUUCCUAUUGAAUUGAAUUCCGGGCUUUGUGGUGACCAUUUCAAUAGUCUAACACGUGGAGUACGGCAGUACACAGUGGUUUCGUGUUGAAAAAUGAACUUCUUCUCCAAGCCAACUUUCCGCACCGACUCUUUAAGAUUCCCUUUCAAAAUGCUGAUGUAAUAGCCUGCCGUCAUUAUGCCAUCAAUUUUCUAAAGAUUAUCGACACUCGACCAAGCAAAGCAUCCCACGCCAUGAUACUGCCACCUCCGUGGGCAAAUUUGAGGCGUUUGAUCCUGCAGAAAUAGACAUCAGCCAAAAAUGUAUGCUGAGUACAAAGUAAACAAACCUGUUAACGUUUCGAAUCAAUGGCACUUCCUACUUAUUCAUACUUUUUGUAUAUUUUUCGCGUUCCUCCUUCACUUAAAUCUGCAUUAUUCCCCAUCUUAUCAGAUUGAACUGCGCAUGAUAAAGAAAUAAUCAAACACAUUGUUUUGACGUUUCUUUGUAGGGAUGGGAAUCUUUUUAGACUUAUGAAGGCACUAUUAUUCUGUGCUGGGAAAUAGUACUCUUAUUAUGUUAUUAAGACUGAGUACUUUAUUUUGACCAAAUGAAAAUCGUAUGAAGUAGAAAUCAAAAUAGUGUGAAUAACACAUGCAAUUCUUUGACAAAAUUAUCACACUAAUCAUUAGUAUAGUUAGACUGGGUAGACUAUACACAUCGUAGUUGCUCUCCCUGAUUGACCUGAACCAGCGAAAUUGCACAAAGAACACACUGAAUGACGCCUGGGAGAAGUAAAUUAUUCUCAUUGUGCAAAUUUCGGUGAAUCGAACUUUAAAUAGUGAAUAACGCCACCGGCCACGUCCUUACAGUCACCAGGGAAAGGGAAGGGACGUUAGUAUGACAUUCGCCGCCCGUAGGCCAAAACGGUCGCCUCUAAAGCGUGUUUCUGCAGCGAUUAUCAACUAAUGGACAGUUGUUAGUGGGGGAGCUAAGAAUCAAGAUUCACUAUGGUAAGUGAUGUGAUUAGGAGUUUAUCCUGUUCUUUAUUUGCAUAAUAACCAUGGAUAACAGCUUUUACAACCAUCCUCUUUAGAGGCUUUGGACCUUCUGGUUCUCAACAGUUUCAGAUUCUUUUUCGGACAUGCUACUAUAGAGAUCCGUCAUUCGUAGGUGGAGUGUAUUACACCAAUCGUUAGUAUAUCAAAAAUACUACAAUCUUUCCGUAUUUAUCGAGUUUAUAAACCUGAUAUUAGAAAAGAUACAGGGAGUUCAACAUUAAGAUAGAGGGUGCGUACUCUAUUUUGUCCAGUACUGUGAGAGCAAAACUACCAUGCUGAACUUCGUUUUUGAGAGUAAAAUAAAUGAAUUACAUGACAUGAAUAAGAAUUUCUGACUCAAUCGCUGAAGGCCGAUUUGCUUCGAUAACAUUCAGACAAAAAAGGGCGAAUAUAAGCUGACAAACUGUGUCAACCGAACCUGGUAGCGAGCAUUGACAGUCGACGUGACGCGAACACGUACAUUACGUACAUUACUGAACAUUGGAGAACUGGGACACAGGCUUUUUUUCAUCCCAUCUGUUUAUUUUAUUAGGCUCAUUUAGCAAUUCAGCUGUAACAAAGCCAACUUUGUUCGUAUACAUCUUUAUCUUACGAUAAUUUUGUUGUAUAUUACACAGUAGUCAUUUAGACGUAAGAGUAUUCCUAUUCCUAUUAUCGAUCCACAUAUUGUAAAUUACACAAUAUCGCAUUUUUCGGUGCAAGAAUUUUCUUAUUGCUCGAAUGUUCACAGUUGAACCAUACACAGCGGUACUGUUGAUUUGAGGCUUCCAUUGUUGUGUUAUUGAUAGUACCAACUACCGAUGCAGCAGACCGUAUGUGAAGUGAGAGGCUAGGAUUAGUUCUUCUAAUCCACCCCGUCAUAAUCUCUACGGUCAAAUUUUCGAUGCCAUGUGUGUGGGCAAAACACGUAUGACGAGACAUUGGCGACCCCAUCGAAUUCUAACAGUACUUCAACCAGGGCUUGACAAUUUCUAAACUAAAAGAUUAAAAUAACUUUUCUACUUCUUCCUUCCUCUUCAGCCAUAGUUAUUUUCGAUUGCGAGAAUCCUCUACUCAGUUGCGUUCUUUUCUGCCAUCCUUUCAUUUAAAAUGCUUUCACUUGACGAUUGAAACUAACCAAAAAAAGCCUGUCCACUUUAAAUUUCGGACACCAAGAUGGUGCCAGUAAAACAAAAAAUCACGUAAUACAACGAAACCGAUUGUUUAUUUCAGUAAAAUACACUUAUAUCUAAAACAAGGAAAGCUUACUUCGAUGUUAAUUACGUUGUCUGUAAAAUUCACAAACUUUAUUGGGAACAUCUGCCAUUAGGUUCCGUACAGUAUCCUCAAAUAUGCUGGCGGCGGCGCUGUUCCAUCUCCUCUUGAAAUCAUUAAUGCCAUUCGCUUUCUUCUUAGUUUCGAAUAGUUUUCGCUAAAUCAGAGCCCAGUACUUUUCCACUGGGCAAAUUUCUGGACAGUUCGGUGGAUUUGCUGUUUUUGGCACAUUUUGAUCUCAUGUGCAUUAUACCAUUCCAGGAUGGAUUUUGCAUAGUGACAUGAGGCCAAAUCUGGUCAAACCAACGCUGGAGAGUCGGGGCUUCUUAUGAAUGGUAGCAACCGCUUCUGGAGACAUUCCUUCUCGUAGACAUCUUUGUUGAUAGUGCCGGUAGAGACGAAAGAUUUGGAUUUUCGGCCACAACUGGAUAUGGCCUGUCAAACCAAGUACUUUUUGGGGCAUUCCUUCGCAUUGCAGUAUAAAAAGCGAGACCCGGAAGCUGUUUGAAGUCUUCGAGAACAUAAGUUUCAUCGUCCAAUCUGGUGCAUGAACAUUUUUGCCAAAACUGGAUGUAGAGCACCUUAGCACGGCUUUUUGCAGUGAAAUUUUGCUUAUCAUCACGAUUGGGCACCUUUUUCACUUUGUACGCCUUCAGUCUCGAUCUACCGGUCUACUGGGAUUUUAUAUACUCUAAGCUUGAUUUCGUUCAGUUUUGAAUUUAAAAAAAACUCAAAAAAGCGCUCAUGAAAACGUUUUUAAUGCAUCCGGUGUUGCCCGACAGAUUACCGCAUAGUUUAAGUAGGAGUACGUUACUGUAUUUGAUGCGUGUUGAUUUUGAAUAUCUUUCAACGGAAUACGCCGUCUUGCGGUCUACUCAAAUGUAUGGGUAUUAGAAGCGCUAUUAUAUGCUAACUUAUAUUGCCCUGAAUUGUCAGGAAGUGUUUAAAUCACUUGGGGCAAUAAUUUCACAAACUCAUCGAGAAAUAGCUAAGCAAUGGGUGCUGAAAUUGGACAGUUUUUGUGACGCGACUGAUAUUUAGCUUAUCAAUUUGUACCCUCAUGUUCCUGAAAAACGUGAAUUUCUCUUUUCAGAGUUGCCAUCCUAUCGCAGUGUAGAUGCGAUACGGACAACACGGAAAACAAAGCUCCGACUAACUACACAGUGAAUCUUCCAGAAAUGUAUGACGAGUUGAAAUUGCGCGAGUGUAAUCCCCAAAUUGAGGACCGUAUCGUUGAUUCAGGGUACACUUAAAGCAUGACCUUUCUUCAAAUUUUGUUUUUAUAUUUCAGUUCUGAUAACAAAUUAACAUUUCUUAGGAAUACAAUUAUCAUAAAUAAAACAAAAACUACUUCUUUAUGUACCUCAUUAGAGUCUGGACAACCCAGCAAACAUUAAAUCGUAUAACUUCGCACAUGCCAAACCACAUAUGAAUUCGUAUGCAAUCACAAUCGUAUGAAAUAUCGACAAAACUAUACAUCAUGUGUAUCCAAAAUCGUAUAAAAUGUAGAAACUCGAUUUUAUAUAUCAUUAAUGGAUUGAGUCAUAUAUUGAGCAUCGUGAUAUCGCUAUAUGCAGUAUAAUAAACAUAUAUCUCAUACAUUUUAUGUGACAUUGUCGGGUCAAGUCGCAUAUCGGUAUAACAAACAUCGUAAUAUCGUUAUACACCGCUUUGUAUACGUAUGUAAUAUAACAUAAUACGCAUCAUAUACCUGUGUCUUGGAUGUAUGUAUAUCGCCUCCAAUUGUGGCAUUUUAAACGAUUUAAUGUUUGCUGGGAACUGUCUCGACGAUGUUUCUACUUUGUGAACUGCCCUUUUCCAUCUUCCGCAGUCGUCUUUUCAUCAAAUUUCAAAUUCCAUGCAUGCUACGGAACGUAAACAAAUAGAAUCGCGUAGUCGGUCUGGGGAGUAACUGUCAAAAAAGUACACACCAAACUGACAAUGAGGUUGCACCUAUUCUGGGAGCCAUUGUAGUUUAAACAAUUUCGUUGUAUAGAUAAUUUUAACCGCGUCGCUAAACAAUGUCUGACAAACAAAUGUAGAAAAAACGGAUACAAGAGGAACAAACAAGACAACCUCUAUGUAUCAAGCGUUGUAUCAUUGUGCACUUUUUUGCCGAUGACUGGAUGUCUAUUUGUCACAUUAUAUACAUCAGUUAUUCUAACAAUAAUGCAAAAUUAUAUGUAAUGGGCACAAAUUAUUAUUCAAAACAUUGCUCAUCUCUAGAUACACCAUUUUGCCAUUUUUCUGACAGAGCUCAAAUAUCGUGAAUGUUUGGCUCAAGCGACGACGCAGAAACAUGACCGGGUAUUCCCCAUGACUUUCUUCUUCUUGGGGUGCUACUAUGAAUCGUUUUUACAUCAUUCGUGACGACACAACAACGACGCUUAAGGUGAAGGUGGAAGCAAGCCUUUGUAGUAGUAUAGGUAAAACCACGUGUAAAAAUGGGGUAAUAGUGUUUGUGAGAGAAGAGCAAUUAGUUUAGUUUGUUUUGAUCUUUGUACGUAAAUAGAUCAAUUCACUUAUCAGACUGUGUGGCGCUUCACUGACACGAGUUUUAGAAUACAUUUGAAGAAAAAAUAACAAUUCAAUACUGAAGACACCCAUACCUCGCUUUACGGCCUAGAUACGUUCCUGGGCCGCUAAGAAAAAAGUCGUAUAACGAAUCAAUGAUUCCAAUACAAAUUCAUACAAACUCUAUCGGAUCGGUUCCAAGCUUGUUCAACGAAAAUCCGUAUAAAGAGCGGCUGUAUAGCAAGGUUUGGGUGUGUAAAUAUAUAUAGAAGAUGUAUUUGCAUAUGAAGUAAAAUUCUGAGCGUAACAUGAGCAAAUUUAUAACACAAACGAAUUGUUAUCAACAAGUUCUUCCGCACAGUAACUCGAUUUUGAUAAUUCCUCAAUAUUUUCCUUCGUUGGUCGUGUUAUUUUCACAUACUCACGUUGGAGAGCCGUAACCCUUCUCUUCGUUGACCGUGGCAUUUUGGUUGAAUGUAAUACUUUUCCGUUUCCGUUUUCCGUUUUUCCGCAUAGGCAGCCGUGGCAGUGUUCCGAGCUCUGCAAUACAAUUUUCUCAACCAAUGUUCAAGUUACUGAAACUUACAUUAUUGUCCCAUUGAACGUAAAAAUAGUAAUUGUAUUGAUAUCAACACAAUUUUAUGUUAUUGAUUUUCAUGACAUGGAACGCUAUGACUCAGGAAUAACAUUUUUAUCGUUUGACACUUUCACGCUCCAGUUCCAACUGCAACCAUUAGUUAUCCAGAAGUCCUGAGGAUGAUUUGAUCGCAAAAAUGAUGCAAUAAUAAGCUGAUAUCCCGGCAUUGACAUUUUUUACCUUCUAUUUCUCCGUUCAACAUCCACCCAUAUACCCUGAGACAAUCGAUUUUCUUUUUGCCAAUAAAAGAAGGAAAGAGAAAAGCAGCUUUCUAAUAAAGAACCUAUUUUCGUCCACGAAUCCUAGUUUAUUUUUUUUAUAAAUCGCCGCUGUUUUUUAUACAUAUACUUGUAAACUAUUUUAGACUACGUUAGUUAGCAUUAGCAUAAGCAGCACGAGCGAGCAUAUUAGUCUUAGCACCAGAGAAAGAGAGAUUUUCUUUUUGCCCUCGCCCUCGCCCCGUCCCACCGAGGUCGAGGGGAUUUAUUUUUAGUAGGCGGGCAGACCCACAACCGUGCAACAACCGCGCCCCUCGUGUCUUUCAGCAGCUUUUGGCAGCGCCCGCAGCAGCAUAUAAGAAGCAAUCCUGUUGUGGCGACAUCUCUUGGCAGCGUUCGUGUGCAAUAAGCCGGCUGGCAGCAGGGUUGCUAGCUCUAUUUACUAUUUAUUCCCCGAGAGGGAGAAAAAAAAAGAUGGGGAGAACGCAAAAGUGAGAAACGCUUUAAUUAUAAUGAUAUUCGGUUUAUUCCCGAGCGCGAAGGCCCCAAACAAAACGUACUUUAAAUUCCCAAAACGCCAUUCUUAUUUUGUGUUUGUUUAUGAAACAAACAAGCUUCCUUGUGUUUCUUCUUUUUUUUCUGCUUGUAUCAGGGGAAAAUGCUGCGAAACGCAAACGCAAACGGAUUGAAAUUUGACGAGUCUCAAAAAUGCACACUAAACUAAUAACGAUGAUGAUGAUGAUCAAGAAGAAAGAAGAACACUUUGUACAAAACUAAAACAAGAAAUCGUGAGAAGAGUUUAUUUUUAAAAGAAUUAAACAAAAUGCCAAUACUUAGCGUGUAAUGAAAACAAAAAAAGAGAAAAUUUAAAACGCAGAAAACACAAAGAGAGGUCACGAAAACAAAAAUAAAACGAUUAGUGUGAUUGAAGCGGAGAGCGAGGAAAAACUUUGAUUUCUUACUUUUUAUUCAGUUUAUUUAUUUUAAAUCUUAACCAGUAGCUCCUAGAGAAAGCGAAAGAGAGAUUCUUUGUUGUCUCGCUCCGUCCCCUCCCAGCCGCUCGCUCGGUUCGGGAGGCGGGGCGAAAAUGUGACGCCCAAACAGCAGCGAACAGAUAUUAUUAUACCUUGACGUGCGGAGAAGAGAGAGGGUACUUUUUAUUUUGCUUAUUUUUCGAACUAGUUACAAUCUGAGUUUUUUUUAAAUAUCAAAAGAUAAUACUUUUAAAGAAAUAAUUCAUUUUGAUCUCUUAGUUAGUCAAAUGCAUUAUUAUAAAAAAAAACACAAGCAGCAGAAAGGUUUUGUAACAAUCGGGAGGAAACAACCUUCCUUCGUUCGUACUAUAAUUAAACAAUCUGUAAAACACAAGAGAGAGAUAAGAAAAACCCAAUGUAAUCGAGACAAAUAAUCACGCAAACAUUUCAAGUACGCAUGGUGAGAUAUAGAGAGAGAGAAAAAGGACGAUAUACGCACCGUUAUCAUCCAAAACAUUAACAAAUCGAAACUAAAUGAGCUUCAUCUUCUGUGAAGAAUGAGGUCCCAGAGGGCAAAAGAAACCAGAUGAAACGAGACAGAGAAAAAACACAUACAUACACACAGAAGAAAACCAGAAAUUAAAAAAAAUCUAACAAACAUUGUAAAUAGUGGAAAAGUUGUGAAAAUUUUCAGACAAAAAUUGGAAGUAAAAUGUUCAUUUAGUUAAGACGAGAGAAGGGGGGAGAAAUUAAGGAAACUUUUUAGCUAAUGUGUAAGCAUAAUCUAUGGAAACAUAUUUUUCGUUUUCUUGUUUCUCAUCUAAGAUUUUUUACGAAAACAAACAAAAAAAACAAUAUAAAAAGCGUUAAUGUGUACAUUCUGUAAUGCCUGUUUCUCCAGAAGCAAAAAAAAACCAAACUGUAUGACACUUCAAAUAAACGCGCGGUUCAGUUUGAAUGAAAUUCAUAAUGUAAUAAGUAUGUAAGCAGCAAAUAAAAACAAAACAUGCAAAACAUGGUUAAGUUUAAACAGUUCCACAAAUAAACACAGCAAACACGCAAGCGCGCAGACCAAUGAAAUUUAGUUUUUUCUUGCUAUUUCAAAACAACAGGUCACAAAACAGUUUCUCGCACGGUUAUAGAGUGAAUGAUUAAGCAGGUUCGGAUUUGCCUUCCGUCGAAACGUAAAUUGAACAUUGGUGACAGCGCGAGAGAAACAAACAAGGAAAACAAUCCAAUCAAAACAUUGAAACAGAAAAAUAAAAACAAAAAUGCGCAGGAAAACAAAAUACUAGAAGGAGACACAAAAUAAUGGACAGAAACAAGACGAAUGAAACAAAUCAUAAAUAAUUAGCUAUCUAAGUAAAACAAUUGACGAUGAAGAUAAUGGUGAACAGGCGCAGUGAAGAUGAGAAACUGAACCGAUUCACCACUGUCCCCGACGAUAUUGGUAAUAAUGAUGAUGAUGAGAUAACUGAGUUGAAUAAACUGAUGAAAAAUUCUUGAAAAAAA